UCAGCUGUUUGAUAUUUUCUUUUAUUUUUUGUUUUUCGCACAAUAUUUUUUGUUUUGCUUGUCUUGUUAUGGCAAAAUGUUACUCGUGAAAUUGUUUUUAUGGUAUUAAUUACCGAGAACAUACAAGAAGUUUCAGUUUAACAUUUUCACGUACAAGUUGUGCGGAUUAGCUACUCUUUCACAUUAAAUACAAGGACAUCGUAUGACGAAAAAAAUUAAUGCAAAAUUAUCAGUCUGCGCAGGCGUUUAACAAAUGAAUUAAAUCACCUACGAAUAGCAAUACUCUUGGAAUGUUUAGUUUUCAAUCUAUUAGUAGUAAUGGCGUCAACGAAUAACAUUUCUACCCUUUUGGAAUGGAUGAAAUACACUCACAGUCGGUGCAUACUGAAAAGCACUUUGCCACAAUGUAUGGAGACGGAGGCAGAUGGUACCUUCGGCGAUGAGGUUGAUACUGAAGCAAGCGAGCGGAAGAAUGAAACAAUUUCGUACUUAGAGAUAGGCAUGACAGUUAAUUCCAUAUUAAUUCGCGUAAUUGCUGUAUUACUCAAUAUCAAAUUGGCUGUGGACUAUUAUCAACAAGGAGAACAAAGUUAUUGCAUUUGGACAGUGGUAUGCAUGGUGGUGCCAAUGUGUGUCACUGCGCUAAUAUAUGCUACAAUGUGUUAUCAAGAUAAAAAAUUUGAUGGCGGAUUCAAGAAGGCAACGAAAACAGCAUUACUGGUUAUUGUAGCUUCACUUUUUCUCAGAUAUUGGAAAACGCUUAUAUAUUCCUUAAAAUGUAAACGUGCAGAACUGCAAGGAAAUCGAGAUGAGCAAUCAGAUUAUUACAAUCGCACUACGAAAGAAGAAAGCGACAUUGCUUUGAUUCGUUUGUUUGAGUGUUUCAUGGAAACGGCUCCACAAAAAAUAUUGCAAAUAUCAAUAAUACUAAUGCAAGAAAAUCAAAUCACAGCAACUCAAAUACUUAGUGUGCUGCUUUAUCUUUCGAGCGUACCAUGGACGUUAUUCAGUUAUAAUCGAUGCAUACGUGCCGCGCAACCAAAUAAAAACAAGUUAAGCUAUUGGUAUAUGGCGCCACAUCUCUGUUGGCACUUUUGUAUUUCACUAUCGCGCAUCUUUUGUAUUGCUUUUGUGGCUGUGCUUUUUCCCGUCUGGACAAUAGUUGCUUGCGUUCUGCACGCCGUCAUAUUGGGAUUCGUCACAUACAUAGUGGAACGUCCGGAAUUCACCAGCAUUAUUUCAAUAAAUAAUUUUCUCUUUUGCAUCGCAUUAGGUUUCGUUUACAUAUUCAUUUACAUUCCAGUCAAGGAGGCACCAACGAGAUACAAAUAUGCGUUGUACUAUCUAAUUUGUUCGAUAGAAAAUAUCAUAUGUGUGGGCUUAUUCAUACAUUAUCCACCAAACAAUCUUUUAGAAUCUAUUAGUCUUUUCUACACAAUUUGUGUUUUGGCCAUUGUCUUUUAUUACGUCGGCAUUUGUUGUAUGCUCAUUUACUACGUAAAUUAUCAUCCAAAUGUAAAAACAAAAAGAAACAAAAAUACCAAUGGUUGAAAUAUUUAGUUGCAAAUGAGCAUUUAUAAAUAUAAUCAAGUAUUAAAAUACAUUCUCAAAUAUAUUUACAUAUAAGUAUAUAGUAAGUUGACAAAAGCUUUAUUAUGAAGAAAAAAUCUCUCCAACUGAUAUUCUACUUGCAUCUACAGGUUAAUGACAAUGUAUUCAUAUAGAGUUUAAUAAAAUAAAAAAAUAUAUAUUUUUAUAAAUUAAAAUAAGACUUUGUAAAUAAAAUGAUGUUUGCUCACAUGCAUAUAUUAUUUAAAAAAAAAUAGAAAUUUUCCAUCUUUUCGUAUACAUACAUUAGUACAUUCGAAAUUAUUUCCAUAUAUUUAUACUGCAAAAUUUGUGCAUAAACUAAACAAGCUAAAAUUAACAAAAAAUGUUUAAAAUAAAUACCCAACUGUAUAUGAAUACAAAAUAUAUUAGUCUCAAAUACUUAUGUACAUUCAAUUAAGUUGUUAACGAAUGUUAUCAAAUUAGUUAAUACGUCUGCAAUAAACGAUUAUAGUAACCAGUA